GAUGACAGCGGUUCCAUGCAAUUUGAAGAAGAAGGCAGCCGCAUCAAGGACCUCAGGCUGAUUCUCGAGCGUGUUGCCUUUGCAGCCACGCUCUUUGAUGCCGAUGGCAUCUCCAUACGGUUCAUGAACACUGACCUGAGCGGUCUCCGCGACAACAACGGUCGCCCUCUCCAGGAUGGCGUUGCCACGGAAGCUCAGAUUGAGUCCAUCAUGCGGGGCGUCCAGUUCAAAGGGCUUACACCCAUGGGGACAGCCUUGAAGCAGAAGGUUAUCGACGAGAUUGUCCUCUCCAAAGCCCAAUCUGGACAGCUGCGUAAACCAGUCCUCGUGAUCGCCGUUACCGAUGGCCAGCCCGCUGGGGAACCGCAAGAUGCCGUGUUCAACACCAUUCGCUAUGCAUACGACACGCUGAGUCGCUUCCCGCAAUACGGUCGUGGUGCUCUUUCGUUUGAGUUUGCCCAGGUCGGUAACGACGAGGCGGCAAAGAAGUUCCUUGCUAAGCUCGAUUCUGACCCCAAUGUCGGCCCCAUGGUUGACUGCACGUCAAACUUCGAGAACGAGCAGGAAGAGAUGUCCCGAGCGAGCCCGCCCGUCGAUCUCACUCCCGAUAUGUGGAUCAUGAAGCUGCUGUUGGGACGAGAAAACCCGCAAUCCCGCGGCGCCUGGCGGGUACGGAGCACCUCAACAGGGUUAUGGGGCGCCACCUCCUGGCCAGUAUGGCUACGGUCAACCUCCUCCACAGCAAUACGGUGGUCAGCCGCAAUAUGGAGCUCCCCCUCCAGGCCAGUAUCCUCCUCAAGGGCAAUACCCACCCCAAGGACAGUACCCGCCGCAGCAAGGGGGAUAUCCAGGGCAGCAGCAGUAUGGAGGACCGCCCCCGCAGCCACCCAGAUACUAGCCCCAACUUCGUGAGCAGCCAGGUGGUUGCGAGCGAGGUGGAGUUGGGCAGUGCGUUGCUUCGGGCAAACCUAUGGGCAUGAGUGAUGGAUCUUUUCAUUGGUUCUCGAAUGUAUUCAAUAGUUCGGGAGCGUGCUUGCUCGGCCGUCCUGCGGCCUGGGAGAGUGUUGGAGGGCCCUUGACGUAGGAAUCAAUGUGUAACCCUAAAUUAUCACGUGGUGUCCUUCGCUUGCCGCCCUGAGGCGAUAUCAGGGAAGGCAAGGAGAAAGGAGCAAGCGCCAGAAGAAGCAAGAUAUACUUGUGACGGAAUCGAGAUAAGACAAGGGAAUCAUCCGCCCG